AUUAGUUGCUCAAAUCACAAAAAUCAUCUCUUCUCAACUUCCUUCUGAAUCCCAUCUCUCUUUUCUUUUUAAAAAGACAUUUUUCACAGUUAGGAAUCUGAGAGUAAUAUAUAUUUAUGAAGUGGACCCUUAUAUCUCCUUAUAAAUAUCUCUUUAUAUAUGUAGACUACUAAGCAUUGUACCCUCCUAUCUCAACCUCAGUCAUCCUCUGCUUUCUUCGGUGGAGCUUGUGUCUUGGGUUAACGUCUGAAAUUCCCAGGGAACACUUUUCUUCCCUCUCAUCUUUCUAAAAUUCCCAGGGAACUCUUUCUUCCCUCUCACCCUUUCUCUUAUGUUUCUUAUUUAGGGAGAAAAGCACUCUCUCUUUCUAUAUCCUCUCUCUUUUUAGUGCUGGAGCACAAAACUCUCUGUCUCAAUAUAUCUGUCCCUCUAAUUACUCUCAAUAUGCCUUCAAGAUCGUUAUUAGCAGACGCUUUUAGAGCCCACCCUGUCCAUGUACACCAAAAGCACUUUGACUUUACCUCUCUUCAAGAAAUACCUGACUCGCACAAAUGGACUCAGAUCGAUGAUGAAGAGCAUCCUUUAGUUGACCCCUUAAACACUGAAUCCGUGCCCGUUAUCGAUCUGUCAGACCCUAAUGUCCUUCAAAAUAUAGGCCAUGCAUGCAAAACUUGGGGUGUGCUUCAAGUCACAAACCAUGGCAUCCCUACCAGCCUUCUUGAGAACAUUGAGAGUGCUAGUAGGAGCCUUUUCUCUUUACCUAUCCAACAAAAACUCAAAGCAGCUAGAUCACCCGAUGGGGUUUCAGGCUACGGUGUCGCUAGGAUUUCUUCAUUUUUCUCCAAGCUCAUGUGGUCAGAGGGAUUCACCAUAGUUGGCUCUCCUCUUGAGCAUUUUCGCCAACUUUGGUCUCAAGAUUACACCAAAUUCUGUGAUAUAAUUGAAGAAUAUAAGAAAGAAAUGCAAAAGCUAGCAAGGAGGUUGACAUGGUUAAUGCUGGGCUCAUUAGGAAUAGCAAAGAAAGAUCUCAAAUGGGCUGGCUCAACAGGUGAAUCAAAAAAGGGUAGUGCAGCCCUACAACUGAAUUACUACCCGGCUUGCCCGGAUCCAGAUCAGGCAAUGGGUCUUGCCGCCCACACAGACUCCACCCUCCUCACCAUUCUUUACCAGAGCAACACCAGUGGAUUGCAGGUGCUAAAAGAGGGAAUUGGGUGGAUCACUGUCCCACCAAUCCCUGGUGGGCUUGUUGUGAAUGUAGGGGACCUACUCCACAUCUUAUCAAACGGGUUGUACCCGAGUGUGCUCCACCGAGCGGUGGUUAACCGGACCAAGCAUAGAUUAUCCAUUGCUUUCCUAUAUGGGCCACCAUCAAGUGUUGAGAUUUCUCCUUUACAAAAACUUGUAGGUCCUAAUCAUCCUCCCCUCUAUAGGCCAGUCACUUGGAACGAAUACCUUGGCACCAAAGCUAAGUAUUUCAACAAAGCAUUAUCAUCUGUUAGGAUUUGUGCUCCUCUAAAUGGUCUGGCUGAUGUAAACGAUCAUAAUAGGGUAAGAGUUGGUUAGCAAAUGAGUUUUUUUUCUCUCUCUCUCUCCCUCUUUUUAUUGUAAGCAAUGCACUUUUGUCUUAUGCUUACAAUUUUUCAAGAUUUUGAUUGAUCGGCCAUGUUAAGGAAGGAUGCUCAAUUUCUUAA